AUGAAACAGCUUCACAAGCAACCCAGUCUGAAUCACAGAAGGGAGGAAGAGAUGGGGAGCAGCGAGGCCUCACCCUACUCCCCCAAAUCCAUCAAGCACACCAGAUCCCUCCCCAGAUCCAUCAACUAUCUCCUCAGAGAGCAGCGUCUUUUGUUCAUCCUCGUCGGGAUUCUCAUCGGCUCCACGUUUUUCAUCAUCCAGCCCACGCUCUCCCGCUUAGGCCCACCCGAGUCCCAUAACUUCCUCCCCCGCUCUGGCCUCACUCGAUUGUCCGGGCCCCACACCGGCCGGGUCCCCGUCGGGAUCACCGGCCGAAGGCCCCGCAUCGUCGUCACCGGUGGCGCGGGCUUCGUCGGGAGCCACCUCGUCGACAAGCUCAUCGCGCGUGGGGACGACGUCAUCGUCAUUGACAAUUUCUUCACCGGGAGAAAGGAGAACCUGGUGCACCUCUUCGGCAACCCUAGGUUCGAGCUAAUUCGCCAUGACGUCGUUGAACCGAUUCUCCUCGAGGUGGAUCAGAUCUACCACCUCGCGUGUCCCGCUUCGCCGGUGCAUUACAAGUACAACCCUGUGAAGACCAUCAAGACGAAUGUGAUGGGGACGCUUAACAUGUUGGGCCUUGCGAAGAGAAUUGGGGCUAGGUUUCUGCUUACUAGCACCAGUGAGGUCUACGGUGAUCCGCUGGAGCAUCCUCAGAAGGAGACUUACUGGGGAAAUGUCAAUCCAAUAGGUGAGAGGAGUUGUUACGAUGAAGGGAAGCGGACUGCGGAGACUUUGGCCAUGGAUUAUCAUCGAGGUGCUGGCGUUGAGGUUCGUAUUGCUCGAAUUUUCAAUACAUAUGGACCCCGGAUGUGUUUGGACGAUGGUCGUGUAGUUAGCAAUUUUGUUGCACAGGCUAUUCGUAAGCAACCAUUGACUGUAUAUGGUGAUGGGAAGCAAACAAGAAGUUUCCAAUAUGUCUCUGAUUUGGUUAAUGGGCUGGUGGCUUUAAUGGAAGGUGAACACGUGGGACCUUUCAACCUGGGUAACCCAGGGGAGUUUACCAUGUUAGAGCUUGCAGAGGUUGUUAAGGAAACAAUUGAUUCCAGUGCUACAAUAGAAUACAAGCCAAACACUGCUGAUGAUCCACAUAUGAGGAAGCCAGAUAUUAGCAAAGCGAAGGAACUGUUGAACUGGGAGCCAAAAGUCCCACUUAGAGAAGGGUUGCCUCUCAUGGUUAAUGAUUUCCGAAAUCGGAUUCUGAACGAAGACGAAGGUAAAGGGAUGAAAUAAGCACAAUAGCAAAACCUGUAUGUAUAUGGAGAUGAGUAUGUCUCCUGUUCAUUUUUUGUUCACAUAUGCGGUUGUCAGCAUCAACAGAAAAUUCUGGUAGCACGUCACUUUCGGAAGAAAAUAUCUCUGCUGACCUUCUACAUUUAAUCAUUUAUGCUUUCUUAGCACAUAAUUCAUGUAUUUUUUUACAUUUGAAAGAUUUUUUUUAUUAGUUUUCUUCUCUAUUGUAUCGAUAAAAGUUGUAGUAUUUGAUAUUUGGAUUCUGGUAUCACGUUUUAAAAGAAAAUGGUGAAUAUUUUCUCUUUUACUGCUAUUAAUACCGCUCCAUUUUAUCAAAA